UGGCUGACGAGGAGGUGGCGAGAAGAGCCGAAAAACUUAUCGGUCAUAUUCCGUAUAGUCUGCUAUGGAAUAACUGCGAACAUUUUGUCACAUAUUGCCGCUAUGGUACAGCAGUCAGCGUACAAACAGACAAGCUUGUUUUCCAUUGCUGUGACCACAGACCAUGAUGAGAAGAAGACGAAGAAGAAGCAGCAGCAGGUGGUCAAAAAUGACAUCUCCUGCUUCAAAAGAGGAGAUUUGCUAGAGGUUCCUAGGACCCUCUUUACACAUUUUGGAAUAUAUCUGGGAAACAACCGCGUCGCUCACCUCAUACCUGAUAUCCUGCCUGCCUUUACCAGUGACAACAAAGCACUGGAGAAAAUGGUCACAAAUAAUCGGCUGAUUUUGGGCGUAAUAGCUAAAAGGGCGAGUGUCCGGGUGGACUCGGUGGACGACUUUGCGUAUGGAGCAGAGAUUUUAGUGAACCACAUGGACAGGGUGUGCAGCCGACCACCGUUUGACGCCGAAGAAGUGGCUAGGAGGGCUGAGAAGUUGUGGGGAUCGAUGGCCUACAGUCUGCUGUGGUACAACUGCGAACAUUAUGUCAUGUACUGCAGAUACGGCACCAACAUUAGUUUCCAGACCUGCCAGUUCUGCAAAGUCGUGCGCAAGAUUGUAUGCAGCAAGACAGCAUCUCUCAUAAGCCUAUUGAUGUGCUGCUUCAUUAUGUUAUAUCUGGAGUCGUUGUCUAUAUUUGGUAUUUUACCCACAAUCUUCAUUCCCUUCACCAUUUGGAUGGCAUCCUGAAUCUCUGCGACAAGCAACAACUUGCUGAUGUGAUUGUAGACUAUAGGCUGUCAUCAUUUACAGUGUAUCGAACUGAAUAGACACUAAGUCCCCCAAUCUUCUCCAAUGAGCCACUGGAACAUACACAGAUAUUCAUACCUCCAUAAAGUGUUGCUGCCUUAAAAUCUUAAAAUUUAAGUACUGUAUAAUCAUAUUGACGGCAUAAUUUCAACUUACUAUUUUGUAUCUGAUGUAUUUUACUGUCUUUUAUAGUGAUGAGUUGCUAGGUUAAAGAAAAUGUUUUCAUGACUUUUUGAUGACAUAAUUUUUACAAUAUUGUACAAGCUAAAUUAGCACUAAACUCAUGUAAUAAUGUGAUCUUUAAAGCGAGGUCAUGCAAGCAUUUGUCAGGUAAUGUAUUUUCUGACUGUGUUAUGUAAUUUAUAAUAGCAUGCAUAGUCAUAAUAUUAAUUAAAGUACAGUUUUAUAUUAUUUGGUUUGUCUACAUUUGUCUCUUUGGAUACAGAUCAAUGUGUAAAUAGACAGGGUAAAUUUGUUUUAGACCAUGGGUGCCCCUGAGAUGCUCUUAUUGUUUUGUAAAUUGGUUUUACUUUUUAUCUGUAGAUUGUUACAUUAUAGAAA